AUGGGUUAUGAUGAUGUGAAACAGGGCGAAGAGAAGCAGGGUCAAAGGAGAUCGCCGAGGAAGCGACGAUCCACGACAGAAACCAUGGAUCAUUCUCAUCAAGAAUCCCCGCUGGUCCGAGAGUCGUGUGUGAAGCCGGCGCCGUUCUGGGACGAUCCGGAGGCGGUGGCAGAAAGAAACGCCUGCGAUUACGACAUCCGCAUCUCCCUGGACAUGGCCCAGGAGGGAAAAGCCCCUCGGAGGAUCCGGGUGUACGCGGACGGCAUCUACGACCUUUUCCACGGCGGACAUGCACGACAGCUCAUGCAAGCCAAGACCGUAUUCUCUAACGUCUAUCUCAUCGUCGGAGUUUGCAGCGACAAGCUGACGCGAGAGCGGAAGGGGUGCACCGUGAUGGACGAGCACGAUCGCUACGAGGGAGUGCGUCACUGCCGAUACGUGGACGAGGUGGUGCACGAUGCCCCCUGGUCCAUCGAUGACGACUUCCUCCAGACGCACAAGAUCGACUUCGUCGCCCACGACGAUAUCCCUUACACGACCGGCUCGGCCGAAGACGUCUACGCAUCCCUAAAGGCCCGCGGGAUGUUCGUGGCCACUGAGCGCACCGAGGGGAUUUCCACGUCGGACAUCGUUGCCCGCAUCGUCCGUGAUUAUGACCUCUACGUCCGGCGCAACCUGGCCCGCGGCUACACCGCCAAAGAUUUGAACGUCUCAUUCAUCAAGGUUUUUCUCAGCUCUUGUCCAUUCCAGAGCCUCUCGUUUUAUAAGUCUUUGGAUAAUCUGCCAGAUCAAUUGGGGAUCAUUUGACAUUAACCCUAUUCUUCCCUGAAGUUUGAAAAUGUUUCAUUUGAAAGACUCCUUGUCACACGUUCGUGCAUACCUAAAAAUUGCAUCUCGGUCAGAUGACUCAGACGGGGGAAACGCAUAUGGUACUCUUGAGUCCCUCCGGAACGAAGAGCCUGUAAGCGGUAUCUUUGAUUACCACUAGUGAACUAGGUAUACGCCUUUCUGAAGAAAAUUUGGGCGUGAUUCGUAUGUGUACUAUUUGGAAUUCGAAAGCGUCGAUCUCUAAGCAGAUUCUUCCAAAAGUCACUUUCAUUGUUGAAGCAGCUGAGGAGCGCACACGGAACGACGUGAGAUCGGAUGUUGAACCAACUAGCAGAAACAAUUCGGAUGCCGUGAUGAUGCCAUCAACGUGUAACGUGCCCUUACAGUGGAGACGAAAGUCAGCAGGAACGGACGCGUUCAACACACUUCCAGAAUUGAAAGACCUCACACAGAGAUUCUCCUUGUUCCUCAAGAAUUGCGUUGUGCAGCAGUUGGGAAGGUGUUGCUGCUCAGUGAGGCCAUUCUGAGGCCAUGUGACCAAUAGAACCCAUACACAAUCAUUACUGAACCACCUAGGCCAUUAGCUGUGGUUGCAGGGCACAUGAAAUGAGGGUGGUGUACUCGCCACGCCUGAUUCAUCUGCACACAUCGGCUUUUGCAUCAUCUAAUCGCUCCCACAUCUAGUUUACCUCAUCCAAUGUCACUUCGUGUGCCCUCUGUAGCUGCCUGAAUAGUAACUUAAAAUCCUGCGUAAAUGAGAGAAACUUUGGAUUUAGCAUUUGCCAAAAUUUCAUGACUUUUACUAGGCUCAAGGAUUGCAGUCCAUAUACAUUCAUUAAUUUGCUCAUGUGCUAGACACCUACUGAGUAGCUUUAGAAUCAGCUUCAUUGGCAUUCAGCAGAUUGCAAAUUAGGUGAGUUUCUUUCUCUGUCUGCUUGGCUGGAAGUUAUUUCCUGCUCUGACCAUGGAAUGCUCAGGUACCAAGAGGAAAGAAAGGUUCAACUUACCUGGUGUCUGAAGCUCUAAACCCUUGAAAAUAUUAGAAUUUAUAUAGUUUGAGUUCGCAAGUGUAGAACCCUUUUAUCUUUACUUUCCUUCUAGUGUAGAUUGUCCAAAGAUGACCAUUUAGUGAGAAUGUCUUACAUGGGGCACAAUUAUGCCUCCCUUCCUCCCUGAAUGUAUCAGCGAGAAUUGCAGAAGGGUAGGCCAAAAGGUAAUAGUCCCACGACUUAAAAAAAAUGCAGACUUCCUCCCACAAUCAUGAGAAAGAAUCCACUCUGAUGAUCACACAUUGUGUGUGGACAGGAGAAAAGAUUCCGACUCCAAAACAAGAUGACAGAGAUGUUGGGUCGGGGGAAGUCAGUGGUGGGAAAGGUUGGUGGGAAGGGCCAGGAAGUCCUCAGCAGAUGGGAGGAGAAGUCCUGGGAAUACAUCAACAACUUCCUCCUCUUCUUUGGCAAGGAAGGCAUUGGGAACAUCUGGAAGGAAGGGAAGAGCAUAGUGAGGCAGGCAUUGAGCCCCCCGUCCUCUCCAGGGAGCUCCUCCCCUCCUACUAGCCACAAUGGAAACUCCUCCCCUGACCUCUCUCAAUGUCCUCCUUACAAGAUGCGACGCUGCAAUGAAGACCCUGAGGAGUACUCAGAGGACGAAGAUGAAGAAAUGCCUUGCUCCACCAAGGCAGAUGCUGUCUCUUCCUAGAAUUCCAUCAUUCAUUUCAGUUGACAGUCUCUUGUGAUUUCCCCUUGACCAUUGAGCUCAUUUCUUUAUUUACUCUUUUUUUCUUAUCUUUCUCUCCCUUUGGGUAUUCAAAAUGAAAAAAAUAUUUAUGUGCUUAAUUUUAUCAAAUGGACUAUAUCAUCUUCAUAGAAUGGAGGGAAAGUUUGAAGUGAAUUUAGAUAAAAAUUUUCUUUGGGAUGGAC